AUGGCUUUCCAAGCUGUGUUUGCUGCAGUUUUGCUCUCAACUUUCCUGUUUAUCUCAUCUUCAUUAGCUCAAAGUGCAAGAACUAUCAACGUUAGAAACUACGGUGUCGUUCCGGACGGUCGAACAGAUAAUGAGAAGGGUUUUCUUCGUGCAUGGAACGACGCCUGCAAUGGAAAUGGAGCUUCGAUAUUGUAUGUGCCCAAAGGAGAAUACGUGCUUGGACCGGUUGUGUUUUCCGGGCCAUGCAAAGGUCCGAUAAUGUUUCUGAUGACCGGCGUUUUGAAGGCUUUACCCGGACCUUCUGAUGUUUCAAAUUGGAUAAAUUUUCGAAACGUAAAUCUUCUUUUAAUCAAAGGUGGUGGAACAUUUGACGGUCAAGGACCUUCUGCUUGGCGUUUCAAUAAUUGUGCCAAGGACCCUAACUGCAAGCCGCUUCCAAUUAACCUCAAAUUUGACUCGGUGACGAACUCGAGGAUUGAAUUCGUAAAAUCAGUCAACAGUAAACAAACUCACAUCUCAUUCCAUGGAUGCGAGAACGUAAAUAUAACAAACGUUGAAGUACUGGCCCCGGCCGAAAGUCCCAACACCGACGGAAUCAAGAUGGGGAGGUCUUCUGGCAUCCGGAUAUUGAACUCUAGGAUAAGCACCGGUGAUGACUGCGUAGCCAUCCUCUCCGGGAGCUCGAACAUCGAAGUUUCGAAUGUUCAUUGCGGUCCUGGACACGGGAUCAGCAUCGGAAGCCUUGGCAAGUACCAAGGUGAACUAAAUGUUCAAGGCGUGACCGUGACAGGGUGUACCUUUAGUCAAACCGACAAUGGUGUUAGAAUCAAAUCAUGGGCAUCCCAAUUUCAGGCAACUGCUUCAAACUUCCUGUUUCAAGAUAUUGUCAUGGAUAGAGUUCUAAACCCCAUCAUUAUUGAUCAGACGUACUGCCCUCAUACUACAUGCGAUCAAGAGGCAUCAUCCCAUAUUCAAAUAAGAGAUGUUACAUAUAGGAACAUACGUGGAACUACAAGCUCUGAAGUUGCUGUUUCUUUUGAAUGCAGCAAGAAAUUCCCAUGCAAGAAUAUAGUGAUGACUGACGUUAAUUUUGUUCACUCUAGACGUGGAUUAUCUUUGAAAUCUACGUGUUCAAAUGUUAAUGGUCGUAGCUUCGGCCUUCAAAGUCCUCGCCCUUGCUUUUAG